UCAUUUUUGUUGGUAAACAAACCUGGAUUUUCAUUUGGGACUCGCAUUUUUAUUCAUUGUUUUUCGGAAAAUAGUUUUCCAUUCCUGAGUUGUUCAACAAAAAUCCAGGUUACCGUAUUCGAUAAAGAAGAAGCUACAAUGCCCCGGAGCCAGUGCCGGAUUUGCCUGCGAUAUUGCUCCGAGUUGGUGCCGCUGUUCAAGGCUAACAUCGGCGAAAAGCGGUUCACCGAUCUGAUCUACGAGCUGCUCCGGAUUGAGUUUGACCCGAAUCCGGAAUACCCGAGGCGCGUCUGCGAGUUGUGCGUCAAGAAGGUGAACUAUCUGUACAGCUUCUACGAGGAUCUGGUGAAGAGCCAAGCCCUGCUGGAAGAGCUGAGUAAAACGACCUCUCGUAAAGAGGCGAGGGCGCUGAUCGAAGCGAAAGGGCCCUCGAAUUAUAGCGAUGGCAUUUUCGAAGAGCUGGAGAAGUUGGACGAAAUAUCGGAUGAGGAUGAUGCUCAAAUAGAAAUAGAGGAAACGACUUUCCUGGAGAAUGUCGAAGAGACAGAACCGGUGUUGGAAAACGUGGAAUUCGAAGCCGUUGGAUUCGACGACGAUCGGCCGGUGGAGGAACAGUUGAUUGAUAUCAAGAUCGAAGCGGUUGAUGAGGAAGAGUGCGAUAUGCUGGCUGGAAAGGUUUCGCAGCAGAUUGUACAGAGCGAUGAAGAGGAGGAAUUCAGAGGUUUUGAAGAACCGGUUCCGAUCAAACUGACGGCAUCAAGGAAUAUGAAAAGAAAACGACCUAAACAGGUUGUUCCCAAGCUGGAAAUAGUUGAAACGAUUCCAAACAUGUGUUACAUUUGUCGGGAGCUUUCGGAUAGCAAAGAUAUGUUCGAUCUUCACUUGCUAACACAUUCAAAAAUGUUGCCUUACAAGUGUGAAAAUUGCAGCACCCCAACGGCCCCUGUAAUAAUUAAGACGCUGGUUCUGCUCAACAAGCACUUUGAAUCGCAUGGAUUCAGCUACUUGUGCGAAUACUGUCCGUUGAGGUUCCGUGCCUAUCCUUCAUUGUAUGACCAUACGAGAAACUUCCACACCGAGCAUAAAGAGGGAUUCACAUGUGACAAAUGCGGACAAGUAUUCAUCGAGAUUCGUAAAUUUCACAAGCACGUACGAGCUCACCGGAAUCGUGAUUCUGAGCGGUACAAAUGUAAGACUUGUGCCAAAACCUUUCAAACCGGGACCAUCUUGCGACGUCACGAGCGAAUCCACUUGACCGACCCGUUGUAUGCAUGCAUGGACUGCAAGAGGACAUUCAACCACGAAGAACAAUACCACAAGCAUAAAUUGCGUCAUCUGCAGCAGCAGUACAAUCAGCAGAAUGGUUAUUCCUGCAAGGUUUGUGAGGCGCACUUUACCUGUAAGGCUGAUCUGCGAGUUCACAUGCAAGUCCAUUUCCCCAACAAUCCAAACUACAGCAUCCACACGGACGUUCUGCCGGAAACUCUGAGAGAUUCCUCCAGCUAUCCUCGAGGAUGCGAAGAACCGGACUGCAAAUACAUUGCUCCGUCUUACACCCUCAUGUGGUCCCACUAUCGCAAUCACUACAAGUUGUACCAUUGCCAGGAGUGCGAUCGAAAAUUUGCCACGGCCACCAUCCUCAAGAAUCACGUGGAAGUAAUCCAUCAGAAACUCCGAAAGUUCCACUGCGAUCAGUGCCCGAAAACGUUCGCCUAUCAGCACAAGCUCAAGGAGCACAUGAACGUCCACCGGGGGAUCCGGGAUCGCAAAUGUCGCUUCUGUGGCAAAUGCUUCACCCAUUCCUCCAACCUGCUCGUCCACGAAAAGGUUCACAAGAACAUCAAGCGGCACAAGUGCGACAUUUGCGAUUCCUCGUACGUGACGACGUCCGCACUGAAGAAGCACAGAAAGACGCAUCGGACUAAUGUGAGGGUGAAAAACGUCGAACCAGAUGUGGAGGAGGACUGCGAAUACAUCGAGUGUGAAGAGGAAACAGCCGUUGCUACCGAAAUAACCUACAAGUUUGCGGAGGAAACUGUUCGGAACAAGAAAGAACCGGAACAGGAAGCUAAACUGGAGGAAAGCGAGCUCAUCUAUUUCAUGGAGGACGCAAACGAGCAAGUGUUGAGCAGUCAGGUGGAGAUUGAGGAAGGGGUGACCGUGAAAGAGCUGUGCGAUAUUCUAGAGGGAAAUUAGAGCGCGGUCAGAGGUAAGUGAACUGAAACCUAAUCUUUGUGGGAAAUAGAUACCAAAAAAUGAA